GUCGUACCAGUUUGCGGAAUAUGACUGUCACUGGACUCCACAAUGACUCCAGGUGACUUAGAAAAAGAGGUUCGGGUAAAUUGGUACGGCAGACAGCUUUUUUACCGCAACUUGAGAAGAGCGUCUUUUAUCAACCCAAACAGCAAAAACAAGGCCAAAACCACCGAAGCCCUGUUUGAGAUGCUGCAGAACCAAGCAUCCACCUCCUGAAUUGCAUAGUUUUGUCCACCGUCUCGAUCGCAAAGCCACAAGGAAGCCACAAAUACACCAAAAGAGAAAGAAGAAUGGAGAGUCCAACCACUACUAGUAGUAGUGCUGCAAGGCACGAUAGCCCCGUAAUCAAGAAGCGACAGCACCAGCUUCGAGCUCUGCUGUUCAACCGAUUGGGUCUUCUAGACGCACCCUUUACGGCCGAAGACGAGCCGUCCUCCAAGCAGACAACAAUGCCAGAACCGGAACAUGGUCAUUGCUCCCAAGCCUGUUCGCAACAAUACCUCAAGGGCGGUGAAGCCAAGAAACGGGGUGGAUUGAUCCGCUUUGAUUCCAUCGUCUCGGUGGUGACCAUCCCGAGGUAUUCCAACUCGAUGCGAAACUUGCUUUGGGGAAAGAAAAAUAAGAGCUCUCGCUUUGACGAUGACUACAGUGAAGAGUUGGAUAGUACAGCCGGAACACAAGAUGACCCAGUAGUACCAUCCCCCAAGACGAUACCCCCCAAGGCAAAAUCUACCACCAACAAGAGCAACCCGAAAAUGGCGGGACGACAUCGGCUCAUGAGGAAAAAGUCCUUUCAUUCGUAAGGGAGAUAGGAGUCAUUAUCCACUGGGAGAAUCAAUUUCGUGAAGGGGGUCAUAUCAAGCAAACCACAAGCAUCAGCAAUGUUGUCAACACUCCAAAGCCUACACAUUAUUACAUUAGUUCUCGCGUAGAAAAGCACGAGCUUCGUCACAACAUACAGUACCAGGGCACAUCUAGCUCUAGCUCUAGCUAGCUAGUACAUACCCGUACGGUAAUUUUGAUUGAAUGAAAAAUUAAAUCUACUUCGUCAGAUAGCCACCAUUUUGUAGCCAGCAGACAGCACG